AUGGCUAUGAUCACCAUCAUCUCCGCAGUAGCGUCAGCCUUCAUCGUCCUCGCGGUGUACUACGGCAUCAUCAACCCCGGAUUCAUCUCUCCACUCGCCAAGAUACCUGCGGCGCAUUGGUCGUGUCACUAUGCCCCUCUCUGGAUCCUCGCUGUGAGGUGGAACCGCUGUGAGAACAGGGUGCUACUUGAGGCGCAUCGCCGGCUGGGCCCUGUCGUGCGCAUCGGGCCCAAAGACGUCAGCAUCGACGGCAUCGACGGACUGAGAAUCAUCUACCAGGGCGGCUUUGAAAAGGACCCGUGGUAUAGCGUGUUCAGAAAUUAUGGCAUCGACAACAUGUUUUCCACCCUCUCCUCUCGCCCUCACUCACUCCGCAAGCGAGCCGUGUCAAAUGUAUACUCCAAGUCCUUCAUCCACGCCUCUCAUGCCGCCAAGGCCCAGACCACAGCCGUCGUGCAGAACCGGUUGCUGCCGUUGCUACGCGCAAAGUCGGCAUCUUCGUGUACCGGUGUUGACGUGUUUCCCAUCUUUCUCGCGUGCGCCAUGGACCUCAUUGCAGCCUACGUCUUUGGCCUCGCCGGCGGGACAGACUUUGUACGCCGCGCCGAUGAACGCGAUCCCUGGUUGGCGCUGUAUCUCGCCCGCGCCGAGCAUGGCUUUUGGCCACAGGAGCUGCCGGUCCUGACGCGGGGCCAACGCCCAGCUGAACACCUGGAACCGGACGAUGUGCGACGAAGCGCAGCGCGGGCGCAAACGGCUGAUGGCGGGGCCGAAGACCGAGACGCGGUGGACGAGGCUGUCGUUCUCGACGCCAUCAACACUUGGAUUGACCGGGAGGCGCGCACGGCUGGUGAGGACAGUCUCCUGUUCACGACGAGCAUCUCGCGACGCGGUGACGCCGUUGCGUCGGAGGUUAUGGACCACCUCCUCGCUGGCCAGGAGACGGCCGGCAUCGCUCUCACGUAUGCGACAUGGCACCUCUCACGGACCCUGCGCCUGCACGCGCCGAUUCCCGGGCCUGAGCCGCGUCGAACACCUCCAACCGGUUGUUGCAUCGCUGGUUACACGAUCUCCGGCGAUGUCCGGGUAGCCUGUCUCGCGCACACGCUCCACCGCGAUGAGACGGCGUUCCCGGACCCAGAGCACUGGGCGCCCACGCGGUGGCUCGUCGAGGAUGGCCAGAAGCGGGAGAUGCUUCGCCGAUUCUGGACAUUCGGCAGCGGCGGCCGGAUGUGUCUGGGCUCCAAUUUUGCCAUGAACGAAAUGAAGAACAUUCUCGCCGCGAUUUACACCCACUUUCGAACGUUUGUGGUCGAUGAUACGGGCAUCACACAGGAAGAUGCGUAUACCGCGCGGCCAACUGGCGAGAGCUUGACACUGCGUUUUGAGCCUGUUGAGAGCUAG